GGAGAGCCGCUCGAGUCACCAAAAGCUGAGGGGUAAACAGAAGACGGCAAUGAUUCCCACCGGAGGGUGGCAGGUGCUCUCCUAAGACACUGGGGGAGACCCCUGAAACGGAGUCAUGAUGUCAUGGGGAGACCCCUGAGCCUAGGUCAGGGACGGUGCUGGGGGGUCUGGCUUGGAGCUGGGUCUCAUGGAGCGAGAGAGUGGAGGGAGCCCCAGGGCUGAGUCACGGACGCUGGGGGGACCCUGGAGGAGGGAGGAAUGGUGAUGGCACAGGACCCAGCGGCCCCAAGUGCCCGAGCCAAGGCGGGGCACGGCAGGGUAGUCUCUAGGCCCUUCCACCCUCGGGUCGGCUCCCCAAAGCCCCAGCCUGGGUGAGGGGUCACAUCAGCAGCCCCAGGGGCGGCUUGCCUGACUCCAGGAUCCCUAGGUCCCUCCGAAUCCGCCGCCACCAUAGAGACGACGCACUGACGCAGGCCGGUGGGCGGGGCGAACCACCGGAACCAGCAGCGCGGGGCGCGGUUGUCGGGGCAACAGCGGAGAGGACGAGCCAAUCAGCGCACAGCGUGGUUGCCGGGGCGACCGUUAGGCGGCGCGGCGCCCGGAGCUGUAGAAACCUCGGGGCUGAAGACCGCGGCAGCGAUGGCACACGAAAGCUCGAGGCAGGUCCGAGAUCGUGGGGCGACCAGAUCCAAGACAGAAAAGACACGGCCGCCUACUGUGCCAGUGCCGCAGGUGGACAUCGUUCCCGGGCGGCUUACUGAGGCUGAGUGGAUGCUGCUCACCAUGGUGGAGGAGGGCGAGGACGUGGUAGGGGACGUCUUGGCAGAUUUGCUGGGGCGUGUCAUGGACUCCGCCUUCAAAGUCUACUUGACCCAGCAGUGCAUCCCAUUCACCAUCAACCAGGCUCGGGAGGCCAUGCUGCAGAUCAUCGAGUGGCGUUUCCUGGCUCGAGAUGAGGGAGAGUCUGCAGUGGCUGAGGACCCCACCUGGGGAGAGGACGAGGAGCCCUUGGCAUGCAGAACGGAUGCCUGGGCUCAGGGAUCUGUGCCCCUGCUGCACGAACCAGCUUCGGUGAAGUUGGAGGACUCCUUCCAAAGCGAAGACCAAGAGAGCGUAGACCAGAUUUCUGUAGGAAGAUCGUUGAUAGAUGGAGGCUCUGAGGAGCAGGUGGAAUCCUCCAAGCCAAGAGACACCCUCAGCCCUCCACCCACCCCAGAGCUGUUUCAGAAGGCAGGCCCCACGGAGACUUUAGAGGAAUUGGAAAACCAGGAAGGAGGCUGCCCAUCUUCGGCAGAGUCCAGGAACCCAAGCCUCCAACAGCUGUCAGAAUCUGUGGAGCAAGUGAUAGAGAGAGCUCCCUCUGGGAGUCCCCACCCUUCUCUGGAGUUGUCCCUGGCAGGCAGCUCCCAGGAAUCGGCAGAGAGCACCCGGCCCCUCAGCUCCCAAUUCUCAGUGGAGGGCCUCUAUUUACCGCCUGACACCGGGGACAUAAGCGAGCAGGUGCUCAAGAAGGACGAGAUGUCCCACACAGCCUUGGACUCCAUCAUACCCAGCCCCUCCGAAUCCUGCCUGCAGCCUUGGUGCUUGGACUCACAGCUGAGUACGCAUCCGCGUAAGGUCGGCCGCAAGGCCUCAGUGCUGCCGAGCCAAUGGGUAUGCCCAGUAGUUGAGGUUGUGGAUCCAGACUCCGAGGUACAACCCCUGGAAAUCUACCGCAGGCUCCCCCGGGUCAAGAAGACAGAGGCCCCGGCCAAACAAGCUACUGGUUCCAGUUUCCAAGUACCCCGGGCAGCUUUCUACCCACGUCCUCCCUGCGGUCUUUUCCCUGCCUUGCACCCUGGGCCCCAACUUCCCCCUUUAAGCUUUGACCCAUCACCACCAGCCUCCCAGUCAAACCGGCUCUUACCUGGCCCAGGAAGCCACUUUUUUGAAAGGCACCUGGAGUUCUCCCAGAUGGCCCGCAGCCCCAGCCCCUGCACUUGGCCAGGUGCAAAGUGGCCUAGGGGCUGGGAAGGGGAGGCGGAGUUGCUGGAAGAGCUGUGGGCCGCCCGCACCCAUGUACCUCCGCAGGGCCCCCCGGACCAGGAGGGCCAGGAUCCUCGCAGGUGGUCUUAUCUUGAACCCCAAGUCCUCAAGGCCACAUCCCAGGUGAUGUGGCAGCCAGUGUUGCUGCCGGAAGCCUUGAAGCUGGCUCCUGGUGUGAGCAUGUGGAACCCAACCACACAGGUGCUGCUCAGGUCUGGCACACCCCAGAAGGAGGACAAAAAAGACUGUACCUCUCCUUCCGUUGAGAUGCGCCCCAUCCAGACAGAAGCCCAGGUGACCAGGGCACAGCUAAUGAAGAACUCAAGCCCCAAAGUAUAGUCGCUCCCCUCCAGGGUCCUGCCCCAUUCUGAGCCCUGAACCUCAGCCAGUGGGAAUCCUAUCCGCCUUCUUUCUGCUUGCCAACAAUAAACACCUGAGUUGCCUUA